ACCACGAUGUGCUUCCGUCGCAUGUUGAUGACGACAGAGAGCCUAACAGCAACGUUGUUUCGAAUUGCGGUAAACACGCUGAAUUUGGCCUCUUUAAACUAUUCGUUAAGCCGGAGAGCUCUUUUUAUUAUUUUCCUAAGGAGCGGGGACUGGACAGCGACUUUUGAAAAUGUCGUACAUGCUACCGCAUCUCCACAAUGGCUGGCAAGUCGACCAAGCCAUCCUGUCUGAGGAGGACCGAGUGCUCGUCAUCCGCUUCGGACACGACUGGGACCCGACGUGUAUGAAAAUGGACGAGGUUCUGUAUAGUAUCGCUGAAAAGGUGAAAAACUUUGCUGUCAUCUAUCUGGUGGACAUCACAGAAGUGCCUGACUUCAACAAGAUGUACGAGUUGUACGACCCCUGCACUGUCAUGUUCUUUUUCAGGAACAAGCACAUCAUGAUUGAUCUGGGCACCGGUAACAACAACAAGAUUAAUUGGACAAUGGAGGACAAGCAGGAAAUGAUAGACAUUGUGGAGACGGUGUACCGAGGAGCAAGAAAAGGCCGAGGUCUGGUGGUCUCGCCCAAGGAUUAUUCCACAAAAUACAGAUAUUAAUUUUGUUAUAGUAUUCUUUGACUUACUUGAUUGGUAUUUUUAAACAUCUGUUGUAUUUUGUUUAGUUUCAUAAAGUUUUUCCAUUUA